UUUCUUUAUCGUCAUGUUCAUAGUCUUCAUCAUCAAAGUCGUAAUCCUGGUCCAUGGUCUGGAUUAUCUAUGCAUCCAAUCGAACAUUUUAUUUAUUAUACAUGUGCUUAUUUUCCUCUUCUUUUUUCAUGCCAUCCACUUCAUUUUCUUUAUGCAAAAUUCCAUGCAGAUAUUGCACCAAUUGGUGGUCAUGAUGGCCAUGAUGCUCCAGCUGGUGGUUCGGCCUAUCAUUAUUUACAUCAUUCAUUGUUCGAAUGUAACUAUGGAACGCCAUUAGUUAAUUUUGAUCGUCUAUUUGGUACUUACAAAGAAGUCGUCAAGAAACCAUCAAUAAACAACAAACAAACAAAUUAA